AUGUCCACUGCACUUCGUUUGGCGCCUACUACGGAACUAUGUGAGCAGAUAUAUGGAGCGUUAGUUAGGAACUACCAGCGCUUACCCGACAGCCGUAACAAACAGAAGUGGGACAAGGUCCUCGUGAUGGCCGAGAAGCGUUGCAAGAAGGUAUAG